UCCCCCAUAUCCUUUACUCGCUCAAAUAGCCCAUCAUGCCUCGUGCUGAAGUCGGAACCCCGAAAUAUCUUGCCAACAAGAUGAAGUCGAAGGGCUUACAGCGCCUACGGUGGUACUGUCAAGUCUGCGAGAAACAAUGCAGAGAUGAGAAUGGCUUCAAAUGUCAUGCUGCAUCUGAGUCUCACCUGCGGCAGAUGUUGGUGGUGGGUGAAUCGGCUGGGAAGCAUAUCUCGGAUUAUUCGGGACAAUUCCAGUCGGAGUUCGUCACCUUACUCUCAAGAAGGUGGGGCACGAAACGUGUCAAGGCGAAUAACGUCUACCAGGAGUACAUCCAAGACAAACACCACGUUCACAUGAACUCCACCCGCUGGCUUACUCUCACCGAAUUCAUCAAACACCUCGGCAGAACGGGUGUCGCCCACGUCGAUGACACUGAGAAGGGCUGGUUCAUCGCUUGGAUCGAUUCUUCGCCCAAAGCUCUGGAGAAGCAGGAGGCUAGCUUGAAGAAGGAGAGGGCGACGAUGAGCGACGAGAUGAGACAGCGAUUGUUGAUUGAGGAGCAGAUUGAGAGAGCUGCGGCGGAGGAGAGAGAAGCGAAGGAGAAGGGAGAAGGUUCAUCGGGCAGCAGAGAUGGGUCGGAAGAGGCUGAUGGGCAGAAGAAAACCGUUGAGGAAGGAUUGAAGAGGGACGAGGGCGAGAAAGUCGUGUUGUCGAUGGGGUUCAAGCCUGCCGCUGCCAAAGCUACGACGCCUGCUGCUGCUCCCGUCAAGUUCAACGCUUUCAAGAUGGCCGCCAAUCCGCUCAAGAAGAUGAAUGCUCUCAAGCAAACUGCUUCUCCAUCGCCGAUUGCCAUUGCGGGUAUGAAGAGGAAGGAGAUGACGGCGGCGGAGCGGUUGAUCCAGGAGGACCAGGAGCGGAAGCGGCGGAGAAUGGAGCGGGAGGCUACGACUGCUUGAUGUUUUCCCAGAUGAUGGACCUAUGCUCUUUUUUUUGCGGAUUCGCUCUGUCUGUAGCUCUAUGUACUCUCACCCACUAACCUAUUGGCGAUUGCGUACGCUUGACGUUGAAAUUUGGCGUGGUUCCAUCGACGUUGGAGGCUCAGAGUGGCCACCAGUAUCAGCUAAAUCUCUUCGUACACCAUCAUGGUCGAGACAAC